UUUUCUUGUUGCUUAUUAUUCAUGUUUUCCGCAAGAUGAUUGUGUAUCAGUGUAUGCCUGCCCUAAUUUUGAUCAGUGAGAUGCUGCGUCUAAUUGGGAGGGGCGAGAGUGAAAUGAAAUAGCAGGAGACACCAUUCUAAACCUCGGCAGAAUCGGAGUAGGGUUUUCAAUCGAAAUGCCGCCAUCCCUGCAAUCCUUGCCCAAUGAACUCAAAAUUGAAAUCAUGACGAGAUUACCAACAAAAUCUCUGAUUUGUUUAAGUGCUGUUAGUAAACCAUGGCUCUCAUAUCUCACCAGUUAUGAAUUCGUCUCUGCCCACCUGUCCGAAGCAGCCACCAAACAGUUCUUCUUUGCAACUACAACCAAUAGCAACAGCCUUUUCGCUCUAAUCAAACAUGGGGACAAAGUCGACUGUGAUCUCACGGUACAAUUCGGACCAAUCAUCAAACCUGAUCAGCUAUUCCAAAAUAAGUUCUCAGUAUCUUUACAUCAUUGCAUUGUGGAGGGGAUCGAAAUCGUGGGCAGCUUUGAUGGAAUCUUUUGCUUAACCUUUACCCGUCGAGAUUCUUACCCGUCAAUUAUAUUAUGGAAUCCUUCUAUUAGGAGACAUGUGUUGUUACCACCUCCCUCCUUUCACACUCCAAGGAAAGGUGGUAAUGCAAUUGGAUUUUGUGUUGCCAGUGACGGUGAUUAUAGGGUUGUGUGGGUCCAUGAAAAGCAUGAGGAUAAUGCUAUGUCUGUUGAAAUCUACUCUCUCAAUUCGGGAAAAUGGAGGAUUAGAAGAUACGGUCAUGAUUUGUUUCCUACGAGGUGGUUGCUUAAUGGUCAGGCUUUUGUAGGCGGUAAGAUGCACUGGAUUGGAUGUGAGUACCACGAGUAUUGGAUUGGAUCUGAAUAUGAAGACGAAAUGUGCUAUACUCCCAAAUGUGAUAUUUGUUCAGUCACUUCAUUUGACAUAAAUGAAGAGCUAUUUAGAGACGUACCACUCCCAAAUAGAUUAAAAGGGUUUGACUUGCCAGGAACAUCAUAUAUUGCUGUGGUUGGGGAAUCACUAGGUAUAAUAGAUUAUGAUUCAGGUUCUUAUGACAUUUGGGUGAUGCAAGAUUAUGGAAAUGUUGACUCUUGGACUAGGCUAUAUGUCAUUGAUAUUCGAGAUUAUAUUAAAAGGUUACCCUUAGUAGUUGCAUUAGACACUUGGAAGAAUCCAGGAGUUUCUGCAGGUGCACACCAAUGGUUUUCAUUCAUGAAUCAUGAGGCUUUUUUUGUGUACGGGGAAUAUGGUGACGAUACAUUUGAGUAUGUAGCUAAGUAUGUGGAAAGCCUUGUGUUGCUCGGACACAAAGAUGCUGUUGCAGAUGUGCAUUUGCUUCAGGCUAUUGCAGUUACCAGGCACAUGGCGGAGGAUAAUGCAGGUGAUGGACAAGAGAUCUAGAUCAGGUGUAAACACAAUGAGAUAUUCAGAGAAAAAAUUGUGAAAUAUCGCAAUACGGUACGUUAGUUCAUCAUGUCUCUAGAUAGCACUUUCUUGUGAUAAGCACUGUUAAUCUCAGACAGUCCAUCCUGUGGUGUCAAUACUACAUUCAUUUUACUGAUAUCAUAUUUGGUUACUUAAGACAUCAUACUAUUAAGCUUAAGAGCCCGUUUGACAACACUGAAAUUGGUUAAAUUUGUUGAUUCUGUUGAAAUUUAUGAAAUUCCGGCUGAAGUGGCUGGAUUGGCUGAUCCUACUAAUUUAUGAAAAAAUUAUAUUUAAAAUAUUUUUUACUAAUAAAAUAAAGAAAAAGUUAUAUGAAAAAUAGUUAAAAUGAUCAUCUACGGUAACCUUAGUCAAUAUAGGCAGAAAAGUAACUUCAUCCUUACUUUUUCUUAUUACUACACAAUUCAGCGCGCGAAAUCAAAAGUUUCGUGUUUGGUGAAAAAGUUGUCUGAUAAGCCGAAAAAACAGUGUUAUCAAAUGGGCUCUAUAUACAUGUGCUUACAGAGUUGCUUAAGAAAUGGUUGACAAUUUUGCAUUUUUUUGGGUUACUAUUAUUUUUAAUAUGUUUUUAUUGUACUUUAAGCAUUUUCAGGACUUUGUGGAGGCAGAUGCAGUAUAAAAAUGCAAUUGAACUAGGGGUGAUACUGACAUGAUUUAGUUUUCAAAACUGUUUCCUUCUUUGUAUUUCAAAGCUGUUCUUGGUAUUCCAAAGCUGUUUUCUUCAUUCUAGUUGCCAGAACCUGUUUUGUUUUUUGCAACAAUGGGGAUCACUCUCUACCUGAUAUUUGGUGCUAUCAGGAGAUUCUGCUAAUUUUACUUUGUACUGUAUGGAUGUGGUGAAGCUACUUGAAGUUGUGCAAUUAGUAGUACUUUAAACAUCCAUACUUUGUUUUGAAAAUGAUAUCAAAAUGAUUGAAAUGCACAUUUUCUAUUGUUGAAAUAUCACUGUUUUGCAA